CUGAGAAGCGGUGCACUCAAUGACCCGCAGGUGACGGACAUACAGAAAGCCGAGGAACUCAUCAAAGAGGAGAUGUUAGUGAUGUUACACUACGACGCCAUACAUAACGCCACCGACAAUCAGUUGAUUGCUAGCAGUUUGAGGUCCCGGGGCGGCACCUCCAACCCAAACGCUCCUCAUUUGGCGUAUUUAGAAAAGCAUCCGUACGUCAAAUACAGCGCCGAACAGUUGGUCGCCGCUAAGGAUGUGCUGCACAAUGAGAUGGAUGUCGUGAAGCAGGGUAUGGCCCACACGGAGCUCACGUUUGAGGGCUAUUGUCAAGUGUGGGACGAGUGUCUGUCACAAGUUCUAUACCUUCCCUCUCAACACAAGUACACCAGAGCUAACAUCGCCAACAAGAAGGACAAGAUUGAGUCACUCGAGAAAGUUAGACCAGAAUCGGUCUCAUAU